GUUAGCGGAUCACGGCACUCCGCUAGAACACCUACUAACUAUAAAAUAGCAAAAUGCUAACCAAAUAUUUGACUUUAGUCCUGCUGGGCUUAACCUUGUUUACGCAGUUUACCGUGCAGGCAGCGGACGAAACUGAAACUAUUAACUACAGAUUGCCCGAUAGCGUAAAUCCGGUCCACUACGACCUUUAUUUGCAUCCGGAUAUUGAGACGGGCAACUUCUCCGGUCAAAUUGUCAUUGAAGUGACGACCGUGACAGCCAUCACGGAAAUUGUGCUGCAUUCGAAUAACUUAGAGAUCAGCAAUGUUUAUUUGUCGAAUACGGACAAUCCUACUAUAUUUGUAAAGAACUAUUCAUUGGACUCGGUGCGCGAAUUCUUGGUGAUCGAAUUGAGUGAGGAGCUGGCCGCUGGGCUCACCUUCAGGGUUGGCAUAUUGUUUGGCGGAAGUAUGGCUGGUAAAAUUGUUGGACUUUAUAGUUCGUCGUAUACAAAGGGGGAUAAAUCGAAGAAAGUUAUAGCCACGUCCAAAUUUGAACCAACAUAUGCACGUCAAGCUUUCCCCUGCUUUGAUGAGCCCGCGAAGAAGGCGAAUUUUACCGUGACAUUGGUCAAGCCCUCAGAGGGAGACUACCAUGCACUCUCAAAUAUGGAUAUUCUAAAUGAAUCCUUCCAGGGUAAAUACACGGAGGUUUAUUUCAACCAGAGCGUACCGAUGAGCACAUAUCUGACUUGCUUUAUCAUUUCGGAUUUUACAUAUAAAUCGGCAGCUAUCGAAACUAACGGUAUUGGUGAGCCAUUUACGUUGCGUGUCUUUGCGACGCCUGAACAAAUUGAUAAAGUCGAUUUUGCGCUAGAAGUUGGCAAAGGGGUUAUGGAAUUCUACAUACAAUAUUUCCAAAUUGAGUAUCCAUUGCCGAAAAUGGAUAUGAUCGCUAUACCGGACUUUGUAUCCGGCGCUAUGGAACACUGGGGCCUGGUGACUUAUCGGGAGACCGCCUUGUUGUACGAUGAGAAUACCAGUUCAUCGGCGAAUCGGCAAAGUGUGGCCCAAGUUAUUGCACACGAGUUCUCUCAUAUGUGGUUCGGUAAUUUGGUUACAAUGCAAUGGUGGAACGAUUUAUGGCUAAACGAGGGUUUCGCCAGAUAUAUGGAAAACAAAGGCAUAAAUGCCCUAUAUCCCGAGUGGCUAAUGCUUGAUCAAUUUAUUGUGGUACGCUUACACGAUGUUCUCAUACUAGACGCCACCUUAGGUUCGCAUCCAAUCGUACAGACUGUGGAGAGUCCCGCGCAGAUAACGGAAAUAUUUGAUUUGAUCACCUAUGGCAAAGGUGCUUCGAUUAUACGCAUGUUGGAAGACUUUAUUGGCGCUGAUAAUUUCCAAAAAGCUGUCUCAAAUUACUUGGACGAAUUCAAAUUUAAGAAUGCUGUGACCGAAGAUUUCUUAAAUGAAGUUCAAAAAUUGAUUACCGACAUUGAUGUGAAAUCAAUUUUGCAAACUUGGACGGUGCAAAUGGGUUUCCCUGUUGUUAAUGUUGAGCAGUUGUCAACAACACAAUAUCGCCUAACACAAAAACGUUUCUUUUCAAAUCCCAACGAUUACAAUUCGCAAAUCGAUGAUUCGCCAUACAAUUACACUUGGUCAAUACCGAUAACCAUAUUAGUAAAUGAUCUCCCUGUCCAGCGUGAAUGGUUCUUACACAAUUCCACAUAUCUUGAUAUUACCCUUGAUACCCCGCCGCAAUGGAUCAAGUUCAAUACUGACCAGGUGGGCUUGUAUCGUGUAAAUUAUCCCGAUGAAUUGUGGAAAAAUUUAGCUAAUGAAUUACUAUCGGAUCCAUUGACUUUUAGCAGAGGCGAUCGUGCUCAUCUACUAAAUGAUGCCUUCUCAUUAGCCGAUGCCACACAGCUAUCCUACGAUAUAGCGCUUGAUUUGACCAAAUAUUUAGUUAAAGAACGGGAUUAUAUACCAUGGCGGGUAGUAGUGACAAAACUACUCACACUCAAAAGCGCACUUUUGUACUCGGAAACCUAUAUAAAUUUCAAACAGUAUGCGCGUCAAUUAAUAACGCCGAUCUAUGAAGAACUUGGCUGGGAGCUAGGCGAAGACCAUCUGGAAAAUCGUUUUCGCUCAAUGGUGCUCAGUGCAGCCUGCUCGCUUGGGGUCGAAGCGUGCUUGCAAGACGCCGCAGUACAUUUUAAAGUAUGGCUGGCUAAUUCAACCGUACGACCACAUCCGGAUUUACGCCAAACCGUCUACUACUAUGGCAUGAUGACGGUCGGAGAUGAGAGCUCAUGGGAUGCUAUGUAUGAGCUUUUCCUCGCUGAGGAAGAUGCUACAGAAAGGUUGAAACUAAUGAAUGGCUUAGCGGCGGUACAGGUUCCUUGGAUAUUAAGCGCUUACAUGACACUCGGUUGGUCCGAGGAUGUUGUGCGCGGUCAAGAUUACUUUAAUUUCUUGGUCUAUAUAGCAAGUAAUCCAGUGGGUGAGCCGCUUGUCUGGGAAUUUGUGCGUGAGCAAUGGCCCACUUUGGUUUCGCGUUUCGGUAUCAACGAGCGCACUUUGGGUAAUUUAAUACCGUCAAUUACCGCUAGGUUCGAUACGCAAACCAAACUGGAAGAUAUGGAAUUUUUCUUUGCUAAAUACCCAGAGGCUGGUGCAGGCGCUGCGGCACGUGUUCGUGCACAGGAGACCGUUAAGAACAAUAUUGAAUGGCUGAAGAAUAACGACAAAGUUAUUGCCAAUUGGCUGGAGAACAACUUAUCGAUAGUUCCUACCGCGGCGAACAUGAUUAUUACGACCAAACUGGUGGCGAUUUGCUUGGGCUUAGCCCUUGUUGCUUUCACGACAUCCACGAUCGUUUUGGCUGUGCAGAAGGCACAUUUGCAAGAUGAGCUGGAUGCGCUGAAAGACUCCCUCACCACCACCACCACCACCACCACUGCAACAACAAUAGCUGUUACUCCCACCACAGCGAGUACAAGCAGUCAGCCAGCAACAACACCGACGACAACCGCUCCCGCUGUAACUACAACAACCGCAUUACCUGAGACUACAACAACGUCGCCGGAAAUUAUCGACUAUAGACUGCCCGACAGUGUUUUUCCCAUCAACUAUAAUCUUUAUCUGCAUCCGGAUAUCGAGACGGGCAACUUUACCGGCCAAAUGCGCAUACGCGUGAACACCACCAGAAGUAUUGACAAAAUUGUGCUGCAUUCGAAAAAUUUAGUGAUCAGCAGUGUGUAUUUGACGGGUACAAACAAUCCAACGGUAUAUGUAAAGAACUAUUACCCGGACUUGGUGCGUGAAUUUUUAGUGAUCGAAUUGAGCGAAGAGUUGCCGGCUGAACGUGCCUUCUAUGUUGGCAUACUGUUUGAGGGUACUAUGGCUGGUAAAAUUGUUGGACUCUACAGCUCAUCGUAUCUGAAGGCGGAUAAUACGCGAAAAUAUAUUGCCACAUCUAAGUUUGAGCCCACUUAUGCGCGUCUCGCUUUCCCCUGCUUCGAUGAACCAAACAUGAAGGCGACUUUCGAUGUGGCUUUGGUGUAUCCCUCAGAGGGUGAUUACCAUGCGCUCUCAAAUAUGGAUAUUGCGGGUGAAUCUUAUCAAGGUAAAUAUACGGAGGUUUACUUCAACCGCAGCGUACCGAUGAGCACAUACCUGGCAUGCUUCAUUGUUUCCGACUUCAAAUAUAAAUCGGCGGUUAUCGAUACUAACGGUAUUGGCAAACCAUUUACAUUGCGUGCCUUUGCAACACCCGAACAGCUGGAUAAAGUUGAUUUCGCCUUGGAUGUUGGCAAAAUCGUGAUCGAGUAUUAUAUACAGUAUUUCCAAGUGGAAUAUCCGCUACCAAAACUGGACAUGGCCGCUAUACCGGAUUUCGUUUCUGGCGCUAUGGAGCAUUGGGGUCUGGUGACAUAUCGUGAGACCUCUUUGCUCUACGACGAGGCUGUGAGCUCGACCGUGAAUAAACAACGUGUUGCCAGCGUUAUCGCCCAUGAGUUCGCGCAUAUGUGGUUUGGAAAUUUAGUUACUAUGGAUUGGUGGAACGAUUUAUGGCUUAAUGAGGGUUUUGCGAGCUACAUUGAAAAUAAGGGUGUUGAGGCGAGGUUCCCUGAAUGGAAAAUGCGCGAUCAAUUCAUUACUGGCACUCUUCACGGUGUACUCACAUUGGAUGCCACACUCGGUGCACAUCCCAUUAUACAAACUGUAGCUAAUCCCGAUCAAAUCACGGAAAUAUUCGAUACCAUUACCUACUCGAAGGGUGCCUCAUUAAUACGUAUGUUGGAGGAUUUCAUUGGACCAGAUAAUUUCCAAAAGGCUGUUACGAAUUACUUGAAUGAGUAUAAAUAUAAGAAUGCGGUGACCGAUAACUUUUUAACAGAAAUCGAAAAAUUGAAUUUGGGUUUCGACGUGAAAUCAAUUAUGAACACUUGGACAGAGCAAAUGGGUUUGCCGGUGGUGGAGGUAGAACAAAUAAGCGCUACCCAAUACAAAUUGACACAGAAACGCUUCUUCUCCAAUCCCGACGACUACGAAGGCGUCUAUGAUGAUUCGCGUUUCAAUUACACCUGGUCUAUUCCAAUUACUUACAAAACGAAUACUCUUACUGACGUUAACAGAGCGUGGUUCUACUACAAUGAAUCGGAAUUAAUCAUUGAGUUGAGCAGCGCAUCACAAUGGAUUAAAUUCAAUUACGAUCAGAUCGGUUAUUAUCGUGUUAACUAUCCAGCAGCUUUGUGGGAAAGCUUGGCGAAUCAACUAAUAAAUGAUUCAACCAAAUUCUCAGUUGGCGAUCGAGCUGGUCUCCUCAACGAUGCUUUCUCAUUAGCCGACGCCACUCAACUCUCUUACGAUACAGCUCUCGAUAUGACUGCAUACCUAGCUAAGGAAGUGGAUUAUGUACCAUGGAGUGUGGCUGCAUCGAAGCUUACCUCACUUAAACGUCUGCUGAUGUUUACAGAGGUGUUUGGCGAUUACAAGCAAUAUGCACGCGAAUUGAUCAAGCCAAUUUAUGAGAGUGUUACGUGGACGGUGGGCAAUGAUCACUUACAGAACCGCUUACGUGUUACGAUUCUCGCAGCCGCUUGUUCGCUCGGUCUUGAUGAUUGUCUAAAUGAAGCGAGUACACGCUUCAACGCUUGGCUGGCAAAUCCUGAUACCCGCCCACAUCCGGACAUACGUGAAACUAUCUACUAUUAUGGCGCCUUUGCUGCUAAUGAAAGUGCUUGGCAAACCAUGUGGAAUCUUUUCGUAAGCGAAGCGGAUGCCAGUGAGAAGUCGAAACUAAUGUACGGUCUGUCGGCUGUACAAGUGCCAUGGAUACUGGGCAAUUACAUCAAUCUCGCUUGGGAUGAGAACAAUGUGCGUGGUCAAGAUUACUUCACUUGCAUACAAUAUAUUGCCGCUAAUCCAGUGGGUGAACCCAUUGUCUGGGAUUAUGUGCGCGAACAUUGGCUGGAUCUGGUGGAUCGUUUCGGUUUGAAUGAACGUUAUUUGGGCAGCAUGAUAUCAUCGAUAACCGCACGAUUCGAUACACAAACGAAGUUGGAGGAGAUGCAACGAUUCUUCGUUAAAUAUCCGGAAGCCGGUGCGGGUGCUGCGGCGCGCGUGCGUGCUCAAGAGACCGUUAAGAACAAUAUUGCAUGGCUGGCGAACAAUAAAGCCAAUAUUGCAGCGUGGUUGGAGAAAAACUCAGCAUAAGUAAAUAAAGCUUUAAUAAUUUUGUUCUUACUGAGACAUUUUUUGAACUGUAAAACGCGAACUUUUUAGAAUCAUAUAAACUAAGUAGCAAAUGUCGUACACAUUAUGUAUCGUUUUUUUUUUUUGUGUUCAAUUAUUGCAUUACAAUUAUUUUGUAGAGUCUACAAUGACUUUUCGACUAAUCGAUUAAUCAAUGUUUGAUAGGUGAAUUCAUCCUGUAAGAAAAGUUUUAAAACUAGACAUCAACUAAAGGACGACUUCAGCUGCUUCGAGGCACAGGUGUGUUUUUGCUAGCAUUAUAGUUUACACAAAAAUAUUUUUGUACUUAUACUAUAUAAAAUAUGUUUGAAGGAUAUAGAGUUUCUUUGGUUAACACUAUAUGCCAAAUAAAAAAGUUUCCCAAAGUUUCGUUCUGACAAACGAUCAGCUUUUUGGGAAGAAAAGAAAA